GUGAUCUGCCUAUGGUUAUUAUGUUAUAGUCUUUGCUGGACACAUCGUUCAUUGUCACACACUCACUACCCAUUGCUGAGCGCUUGGCGUGAGUUGUCAGUGCAUAGCAUCCUCAGCAAGUGCCUUGGUCUACUGCUGUAAGCCCCACAGCGUAUUUUUCUGUGUUGCAAGUACUCUCUACAGGACUUUGCUCUCCUUUGGUGUGUAGCCGCGACGAUCUCCGUUUCUCUGCACUCUUUUCCGGACAUCACUUCUACGAAAGACACCUGAAUGCGCGCAGCAGCAGCGAGCAUGGAUGGGCAGCAAGAGGGAGACCAUCACCAGGCGGUUGCAGAGAUCGUCGAAGACGACUUGCAUGUGCAGGACGCACUCGCCGCUGAUGUAGCUAAGGACGGAAUGAGUGGGGCCGAUACGGGCAGUAUGCCCAUCGCCGACGUGAUGGUGUUGCUUCAGGCGAUGAGAGAGGAACAGCUGGACUCUCUCAAGAGCAUCGCCGACGGUGUGCAACAGCUCCAAUCUCAGGUUAUGGUCCUCGGAGAAUCUGCCCGCCAUUCUGAGGGGAAGAUGUCCCUGGCGCUUGAUCGCCUAGGUCGCAUCGAAAUCAGGCUCGACUCCACUACGGUGCCAAUGAAAUCUCAAAUGACAGUCCCGCCGAAGUCGCAGCAGCAGCAGCAGCCGCAGCCGCAGUCUCGAACCUACGCAAACAUCGGCGCUGGCAUGGGAGGUCGGAUGGGUGCUGACGGAAGGGCCAAAGCCAUGAAAGCGCCUCAGCCUUCCUCAGCCUUUGGGAAGGCGGCACCGCCCCCUCCGCCGGCCACGGUAGAGGACGCCGGCCGUGUGCCAACGUGGCAAGGGAGAGCGGAGCCGGAACCCGCAUGGCCUCACUUUAUGCGCAACGCCUCCCCGCAGCAGAAGUCACGCGCUCCUUCAGCGAAAAGCGCGCCAGCCACAGCAGCAGCGACAGUCGUGCCUGUCGGUGGUGCAGCUGCUGUAUCUGCCGUAACGCCCGGCGAGGCGAGCGGAGGCGGGAAGGGCGAAGGUGUUUCCCAGGAGGAGGCGGCGAAAAAGGAGGCCAAACGCCUGGCUUUCAUGGAAGACCGCGCCCGCAUCCAGGCACGAAUCGCAGCCUCGAAGGGUGGUAGAGCAGCACCCGCUUCCUCCCCCAAACCGACCCCGACAACCACCCACCAAUCCGCACCAGCCGCCCAGGACAUACAGGCGCAAAAACCCGAACCUUUCGAAACACCUUCGGCAGCGUCUGCUGGAGAGGGGGGAUCGUUCUCUGGCAGUCCCUCGUUCCUGGACAGUGUCGGCGGGGAUGUUGGGGCAGGAGCAGGAGGAGGGAGAGCGGAUGACGAAGCCGAGGCGUGGCUGGAGAGGGAGCGGGAGCAGAGGGGCAAGAGGGAAAGGGAGCGGCGCGAAGAGAAAGAACGGGUCGAGCGGCAGCUAGCGGAAGCCAAGAAGUUCAGGGAGGAAGAGGAAGCUCGGAAACUGCGGGAGGCAGAGGAAGCCAGGGCGCGCGAGAAGGCCCGUCGGGAGGCUGAGGCUAAACGGCAGGCCAAGACGAGAGUUCUUAUGAGCUCGCUUUUCGACAAGAGUGAUGAGGACGACAGCAAUAGCCUGUUCGGCGGCCUUGGUGGCGCAGCCCUACCCGUUUUCCAUGACGACGACAACAACGGUAGUAGGGCCCACGACACCAGCCUUGCCGAACAACUGGAGGAGAAACCGGAAGCGCCAGCCUCCUCCGUCAGCGAAGCAGAUGCACCCCCGCUUCCGCCGGGUUUUGGAAGCGGCAUCGGAGGAGGCGGGGGUAGUCUUUUCGCCGGCAUGGAAGAACCUUCCACCGGUCGCGGGGGAAUUUUUGAGGAGGUCAACAUGUCAGGUGCCCCCGACGGAGAUCCGCAUUCCUCGCCGGUGGGAGGGCUGUCGUCUGCGAGACAAAGCAGCAGCAACGGCGUUGGAAGUGGGCUGUUUCCAGACGAAGAACCCACCCCGCCGGAGUCGAGACUUGGGGCUGGUGAUGGUGGCUACGUGAAUGUCGACGUUCAACCCGGCGGAUACUCCGGCCUGUUUGACUCGUCACCUCCACUGGAGGGCUCGUCUUCGUCUUUGGCCAAUAAAAAGGCCGGUGCCAAUAGCCCGAAGGCGACGGUAACUACCCUGGAAGGAUCGGCGACCGGCAUCACCGGUGCCAGCUCAAAUGCGACGGUUGCUGCAACCACAGACGGGGCAGCCGAUGAGAUGGACGACUUCUUUUCCAAGCUGGAAGCCGCUUCUGUGUCGGCUCCGAGCACUGGUGCUGCAACGACCACCGCCACACGCGGCUCUCUGUUUGAAAACGAUGGUAUCAGCGGUGCAGGCGAUGAAGGCGACGACGAUAUAUUUUCUUCUUCAUACACAGGGGUGACCGGAGGAACGGGUGGCGACAGCACGCAAAGCAGAGGGAACAAAGGCGCGCUGUUUGAUCCCAGUGAUAGCCAAAGUGCGGGAACGAGCUUGUUCGAUAGGAUGGAGUUCUCCAUUGAUGCCGGAGACCCUGCUGGCGGGAACGUCUUCGGUGGCGGUGGUGUAAGUGGCGGCGGGAGAGGUAUCGGGGAUGCUAGCGCAUCGUUCUUGUCUGCAAUGGGAGACGUCGAUUUGAUGAUGCCCAGCGGAGACGACGGUGUCGAAGGUGAAGUUGGAGGGGAAGCGGAUAAGGAGGGAAUGACAGAGGUGAGCUUGUGAGUUGAUGUGCUUUCCACUACCGUGUUGGGCCGUUGACAAGGUGAAUACUUUCAUUGUGCAUGGCCUGUAUGAAGCGGUGCUUCUUGCCGCAUGCAGCCAUGGAUAAAUCAUUUCGGCAAUACGCUACCCGCUGAGUCUUUCCAGAGCACAUCAGAGGGGCGACUGAUAGUCUCGUGCCAAGGUUGUUGAGGGUGCCGUGAGGGCUUUGCCUAGAAUGCUUCGGGCAGACGUGGUUUGAUGCAUGCUGUCGGACGCGGCGUUGCUUUGUGACCACCAGCUUCUGUGCCAUAGCCGUAGUGGAAGUGCUUUCGAUGUGCACAAGGAGUGGUGGUGAACUUCGUCCGCGACGAAUGAGGUUCGGAAAGGCCGGGACGUGAGCGCAUUUCGUCUCCAUUUGCAAUUUGAUUGGAAUCAGGAUUGUCUGGGCCGCUGGCCGGAAAGUUGUCGUCGAUGGAUGAAUUGUGACGCCGACAUUAGUCAUUGAGAGUCGUCUGCUUGACUGAGCAAACGAUGGUAAGUCCUUUCGAUAUGGUGUCGGCGGGAGGAGAGGAUUCCACCCGGUCACCACAUUGCCCUAUUUUCCUCCACUGUCAUGGAUGAGGGAACAUAUUUGUGGAAGAGCAAGGGACUUGGGGGGCGUAAUGAAGCGUUAAUAGUACAAUCCACAUCUUUCCACACGCGCCCUACUUCCUGCUCUUUGGAAACC